AUGUCUUCGUUCCCGAUUUGGGAUGAGUUUUGGAAGGGCAAGUUAGAGAACCUUGUUAUCGGAAAAGAGAUUCCAAAUGGAGAAGCCGAAGCAAGUCAAGUGUCAAUUCCGACUGAAUCCGAAUUCUACUGUAGAACAUGCUCCGUUGAGCUUGUCACUCGGGAAGAUCAAGUGCAACACUACAAGUCAGCUGAGCACAGAAACCUGCUAAAAUCGAAGCUCAAAGCAAAAUCGGGAAGCGGAGAAAACGAGAGCGAUGGUGACUCGGAUAGCUCUGAGGAGGGGUCGGAUUGGUCUGGAGACGAGGAAAUAGCGACUUCUGCGAAUCUUGAUGCUCCUGAAAUGCGAUUUAGAGGUCGUGCUCAGCAGGAAAUGUAUUUUUUCAACGAAGACAAAGAACGAAUAACAGCUUAUCGAGGUCUUGUCGCCCAUCGAAACGAGUUCUUGUCGGAAUUAGAAAUUCUCAAACGCCUGGUAAUGACCCGCCGAUCCUUCACCGAAAAAAUUGCUCCUGAAGGGAAACGACAUGAUGCAAUUUUACUAUUCUCUGCCGGCGCCUUUGCUGGUUGCAUAUUCGAAAAUGGAAAGCCCCUGCUCCACAAAUGCAUAAAGAAAUACGUUGUCCGGGCGAAACGAGGCACUGCGCAGUCAACUCGGGAUAAUCAAGGAAUGAAGCCAAAGUCCAUGGGUGCUCAAUUACGACGAGAAAAUGAAAAAGAAUUGUGUAGAAAAAUUGAGGAGCAGAUUACCGAGUGGGGAGCAACACUAGCUAAAUGCGCGACGAUCUUCUGUCGUGCGCCGAAACAUCAGAAAUCUGUGAUUCUCCAGCCUCUUCACCGCGUCGUUGAGAACAAAACAAUUAUAAGACCACUGAUGGUGCCGAUGCACAAGCCUCGCUUCGAGGAAACACAACGAGUAUUUCAGAAGAUCUUUUCAUUGCGAAUUCAUACCGAAGCACAAGUAGAACAGUUCAAAAAACAACGAAGCCCGAGGAGAAAUACCGAAAUACUUGAACCGAAAGCAAAACCAAAAAUUACCGCAAACCCUCAUUUGGAUGUUAUUUCAGACGACGAAGAUGAUAAAGUGGAAAAAGAAAUGGCAAAGGUCAAACUUUCGCCGAAGAAAGCAAAAAUUUCGAAAUCGAGAAAAGCGAGAUUGGACAGCUCAGAAUGCUCGGAAACGAUUGACGAAGAAGUAAGGGCAAGACUAGACUUGCUCUUUACCGGCGUGCGAAGUGGAGACGUUCAAAAACUAGCAUCGUAUUUCGCUGAAAUCAACUCUCCUGAAGAAAUCAUCAAUGUGCCCCUCAAGAAUGAGAUGACUUUGCUUCAUUUUGCAGCAGAGCAAAAUUCUUCACCAGUGAUCGAAUUUCUACUCUUGAAUAGAUCAGAUCCGACGUUGAAAAAUAAGGACAAGAUGCCUCCAUUCCGUCUGUGUACAGUUCGCGAAGCAAGAGCAAGUUUUUGGAAUUUCAGAGGUUCGAAUCCGGACAAGUGGGACUGGGCUAAAGCAGAAGUUCCUGAUCCAGCGGGAAUUAGCGAAAACCCGUCGAAGAGAAAGAGACAAAAGCCAAAGAAAAAGAAGAAGCCCACUCCUACAGUCGAGGAACCUGCUGAAAAGCCGAAGAAGAAAGAACUCGUUUUCGUUCCCUGCAGCGAGUGCGGUGGAGAAAUAAAUGGGACGCCCUUCAAAUAUUCAGACUUUCAAUUCUCAGAGUUACAGGCUGAAAACGGGCAGAGUUUGAACAGAAGCGACGUCAAUAGUAUUGCUACGAUUCUUGAAGAAUUAGAUAUCAAGCAAUGCGGCAGAGUUGAGUUCGAAGACGAUUUCUUUGAUAACAUGACGAGCCUGGAAGAGUUGAGUCUUCAAUUCCUCGGACUCGAAGAAGUUCCCUGCUUACCCGCCUCUCUUGCAUCAGUAGACCUCAGGGAAGGGGCGGCAUAA